AUGAAGAAGAAACCGGAAGGUUUAGAUUAUUUACCGACAACCGGAGUCAGAACUGACCUAAAACGUUUCAUGAACAAAUUUUUGGAGCACAACACAGUGCGCUAUGAACAGUUUGUGGAAGUCUGGCGGGACACGAACAUGGUCUAUCUGUGUGCAGGCAGGGCCUCCGACCGCGAAGCCAGGGAGUUUGUGGAGAAAGUGUUGCUUAUUGCCCAGGAGUACUUCCUGCCACCUUACCAGUUCCAAGUUCGGGUUGGGGGCCUCUACCUCUUGUACGCCAUUUACCAAAUACAGCCUCUCAGCCCCAAGGUCAAGAUCCGCCUGACGUCAGGCCAGUGGCGGGAGUCGGUGCUCUUCCAGCAACAGGCAGCACAGCAGAACCACUUGGAUGUUGUUUAUGUAUUUCAGCGGCUGCUGCAGGAACAAGCUUUCCUCUUUUGUUACACACCCUCAGAGAUGAGUAUACAUUCUGCCAUUAAGGAAACGGAAGAGACGGGUGAUGAUUUGGCAGACCGAUUGAAGGAGGAGAAAACCGCAGUCACCAGUCUGUUUAAUUAUGAAUCCCUAGAGAAACUCUCCUACAUACAAGACCAGUACCAGCAGAUGAAGAUUGGACUAGCCGGCCCCAGCGCUAUCAGGCCUGACAAGUCUCUGGAUGUGGCCCUGACAGAGUUGGUAGAGGACGUGGUUGUAUUGCUGCAGUCAUUCAAAGAGAAAGUUUCUUCAUUUUCUAGACAGGUAACUACUGUUGUUGUUAUCGAUCCAUGUAGACAGGUAACUGUUGUUAUCGAUCCAGAAUGGAACUGGAUGAGAGAAGACGUGCACGUAAUAUGUGAAGUGGAGACAACUGGCAGCAGACGCCAGAUGCUCAAGUCUCAGGCGUACAGUCAGCCAAAGUCACGGACAAAAACAAGGCAGGGUUACUUGGCAGUCAACUCCUUGUCCACAAGUCCAGCUAAACUGGCAAUAUCAGGUACACCCCAUGUGGCGCACACAGACAAGCAGUUGCCAGCAAACACCAGCAGCACACAGAGGCCUGCCUGCAGCUCUGAGCCCCAACAAAUCUCUAACACCAGCGAUGCUGAUGAUGACAGAGACCAAGAUUACCUUCCCUCACACAGACCCAGCCCAGCCACAAGUGAAUCUACUCACUGCAUCAAAAACUCCAGAAGAGAAGUCCUAGCAGAACAGAAUUCAGGGACUGAGGAACCACCCCAGCUGAAUCCACCUGCAAGAAAGAGGGGAAGGCCCAGAAAGUUCUCAGAUCUCAUGGAAGAGUCGUGCAAGACCCAAAACAAAAAACAUCCUGGCCAGGAGAACUAUGGCCAAGGAAGUACAGCAGUCAGGAGCAAGGUCCAAGAUGUUAGUCACAGUCAGGAUAGUUCUGCCUUGAAAAACAAGGUUGCAUUCAAAUUUAGAAGAACUGAAAAAGGGGCAGAACAGCCCAGAAGCCUAGGACAGGAUACAGCAGAACAGCCCAGAAGCCUAGGACAGGAUACAGCAGAACAGCUGGGGAACCCAAGGCAUGAUGCAAUAAACAGCCAGACACCACCAACAAGAAGAGGAAGGCCUCGUAAAUGUGACCGCAGUGAAAACCCUGAGGUAGCUGGGGAGCUUAAAAGGACUUUCUGCGCAGAUGAUACGAGCAACUCAGGGGGGAAGAAAGCCAGGUUUGAGCUCGUGGUCUUUCCUACAGGAAGAUUGCACUCAGUCCUACAGACCACAUCCAGCAGGGUUGAUCCAACAGCUUACAGAACACAGAUACCCUUUGCAGUGUUGGAUUCUAGCAAUCUUUCGCAGACUGUUCAACAGUUCACACCCAAGCCCAGACAAGACCUGUCAGAAAUAGAGGCAGCUACUUUCCAAACACCAGACAUGCUGAAUAAUAAAAGAGUCAGAAAAAAACGUGUCGGGAGUGAUUCAGUGACCCUGACUGAAAUUGUUGUGGGAAAAGAGGUUGGAAAACCUGCAGUAAUAAAGUCUCAGAUAGUUCGUAAAAGCGUCAUUGACAAAUGUGCUGCACAAACUUCAGCCACCAGACCUGCCACACAAAUCACACCUAACAUAUCUGUCACACAGACCUCACUAAAACAGACAUCAGACACACAUGUCAUUCCUGGGACCGGUUCAGACACACAUGUCAUUCCGGGGACUGGUGCGACAGAUUCUGCAGGUGAAGCAGACGAUGUGGAAGAGAGUCAGUCCUCACAUCCAGUAAAAGCGUUGAAGAAGUACAGCACAGGAGAUUCGUUGAACAGACUGAAGAAGCGAUGUAGGAGGCAGCUGGAAGAGGACACCAUGUCCGUGGCCCAGUUUGUCAAGAGGUUUGUCGCAGAAGACACACAAGCUCAACUCUCAAAGCCACAGCCAAAAACUCCACAAGAAACAACAGCUGUGAAACAGCCAUCAGUCAAAUCUCAACACAACAGUCAUCUAACAGUCAAAUCUCCACACAACAGUCAACUAACAGUCAAAUCUCAACCAAACAGUGAACUGCCAGUCAAAUCCGAUCAGCAAGCUGCGGUGUUGAGAAAGCCGUCAGUGAAACAAAUUCAGCAGAAGAUUGCGAUAUCGAGAAAGCCAUCAGUAAAAUACCAACAGAACAGUGAACUGUCAGUUAAAUGUAAGCAAAACACAGCAGUGUUCAAAAAGUUGUUGAGUGGACCGUCAGUGACAACUGGGGGUGAGUCCCCUAAACUUGUGACGCAGGGUGACAGCCCUCACAAAGACUCCACAGCAAAAAACACAAAAACAGUUUCAAAGGACAUAUUGCCCCCAUGGACCUCUAAGCGGAAAAGCUCCUCGCGUCUGCUGACAAGUCCAAAACAAAAGUUCCGCCCCAAAAUCAAGGACAAAACAGAAGUGAAUCCAUCGCUGGUACAGUUCCGAUUUUUGUGA